UUUUGUCCACUAGACGACGAGUCUGACAUGGGUUCACAGGCCCACUAUGACUUCAUUGCGGACACUCUUUCCGUUUAUGAAUGUCCGUGGUCUCGAGUGUCAUUCCUGGUGGGUGAUAAUUGCUCAACGAAUCAAUGUAUACCCCGGAACGAAGGGACCCUCCCGUUAAUCGGCUGUGCAAGUCAUAGAUUUAAUUUAGCGGUGAGGGCCUUCUUGGAGGCGCACGAGACGAUGGUCGAGAAGGUGCACAAGUUCAUGAAGAAGCUGGCAACCGUGAAGGGCAGGGCGGUUCUGAAGAAGAUUAGCAAGUUGCACCCCAAGCUCAACAACGUUACGCGCUGGUCGAGCACAUAUGAGAUGCUGGAGCGCUUUGUAGCGCUGCACCCCCACGUGAAGAUGCUGGAGUUCAAGGACCUGGAGAAGAUUCGGAUCGUGGACCUGCUCUUCAUCCCGCACGAGUUCGCGCAGGCUGAAGAGCUGCUAGCCCAGCUUGCCAACUUGGAGGAGGCCACCCGAGAGCUGCGGAAGGAGGAAGCAAGCGUGGUGGCGGAGGAGGAGAAGGAGAAGCAGUCGUUUGUUAGCGCUGCGUACAAGAGGCGCAAGACUACGAAGAAGAAUGCUUCGUACGUCGAUGUCUCGUACAUACCGCCAACGUCAAACGUUUGCGAGCGGUUUUUCUCCUCUGCAAAACUCGUGUACUCGGACUUGAGGAAGAAGAUGGACUACGAAACGCUCGAGGACGUCAUGAUGCUCAAGUACAACGGCGCGCUGUGGAAU